UUGUAAAUAGAAAAUGUAUAUAAUAUAUUGAUGUAUAUAAAAGUAACAUAAUUUAUAAAAAGAAAUAAAAAUGGCAGAAUCAAUUGAAUUAAGCGAUUCAAACGAAUCCGAAUUGUCGAUAAAUCAUCUGAUUAAUACUAAGAUAGGAAAUUGUCAAAAAAAUCCUGCAUCAGAUGAUGAUUUUGAUUUUCCUGAAGUUCAGUUUGAUUAUUUCAUUGAUACAAAUAAUAUUACUAAUAAAAACAAAUCGUGUCAAAAAGAGUGCAUUAUAAGCAAUAAUUCUAAAUCAUUGAAUGUUAUUUCAAAUGCUGAAACUAAUAAUGAAAUAUUUACAAAUAAACUUCCUAAAAAGAGAUCGUUUACUCAUGAUAUGUCUGAUUCUUUAGAAUCUGACUGUUAUGAAGAAAAUAUUUGCAUGAAUCAACAAUUGAUUAAGGAACCAAUUAAGAAAAGUAAAAGUAAAUUGAAAGAAGAACGCCUUAAGAAACAGGAAAACUUGGCGAGAGAAAAAAAGUUAAAAGCGUUAAAAGCUAAAAGAUUAAAAAAUAUUAAACCAGGUGAAUGUAUGAAAUUUAUCAAAGUUAUUUUGGACAAACAUAUAGAAGAAUAUAAAUUUUAUCCAGAAACUUUGGUAACAUUAAAUGAUGCAGAUAUAUCAUAUAGUUUCAUUUCGCAUUCAAUUUCUAAUAGUAUAACUUGGGAAAGAACUAUAGAAGAAGAUAGCAUUGAUGAAAAUAAUAAAAUAUGUACAAAAACUAUUAAGCAAAUUGAAAAGUAUAUAAUUGUUAUUUGGAAUUGGAAAGAAGUAGUAGACAAAUUAAUAGAUGAUAGUUUUAAUAGUAGUCUUUCUUACAUAAGGACUUUAUUGCCAGAUUACAAUAUAACUUUAGUUAUUUUCGGUAUUAAAGCAUACUUUCUAUAUCAUACGAAUAAAAAAAAAUUAGACAAGUGUUCAGGAAGCAAAUCAAAUAAUAAAACUAAAGAAUUUAUAGCAUAUAAAGAGUCUCCUAAGAUUUCAAAACAACAACUAGAAGAAUGCCUUGCUGAAAAUCAAAUAAUAAAUAAAUGUAAUAACAGGCUCAUUGAAAAUGCAACAGAUUUAGCAUUAAUGAUUUAUCAAUAUACAAAAGCUAUUGCAGAAAAACCAUAUAAACUAGAAAAAAGACAACAAUCUGAUAAAGAAUAUAAUUGGUAUAUAUCGGGAGAUAAUAGAGAUACAGUAUGCGUAGAUAAAGAUGGAAAUGGAUUGAAGAGAUUAUGGCAACAACAACUUUGUCAAUUUAAUUUAAGUAGUUUGGAAAUUUCAGAAGCGAUUUGUUCUGUAUAUAAAAGUCCAAUACAAUUAGUUGAGGCUUAUAAGAAUUGUACAUCUGCAGAAGGUAGCAAAUUAUUAAAAGAUCUUCCUAUUAGAAGAGCAGCAGGACCUCUUACAACAGCCAGACGAGUUGGUCCUGAAUUAAGUAAAAAAGUUCAUGUCAUGUUUACUUGUGAAAAUGGUGAUGUUUUGCUUGGUAAUGAUGUUUAAAGAUAUAUUUUUAAAUUGCAUUGUUAUUUACUAUAAAAAAUGAUCAUGAAAUAUCGA